AUGUUUCUUCUCCCACGGGCCAUGCGAUUGAGCUCCACCUGCAGAGGCAGGGGAGCCAGGAACCUCUACUACCUCUCCAAAGGCAGCUCCGGCAUGCCCGCCCUGAGCGCCAACACCACCACCACGCCCGUAAACCCGUGGACCCACUCCCCCGCCACACACGACUUCCGCUCCGACACCCUGACCACCCCCACGCCCACCAUGCUCGCCUCCCUCCCCACCUGCUCCCUCGGCGACGACGUCUACGGCGAGUCCACCACCACCACAAACCUCGAAUCCCGCCUCGCCGCCCUCUUCCGCAAGCCCUCCGCGCUCUUCGUUCUCUCAGGCACCAUGGGCAACCAGCUCUGCCUGCGCGCACACCUCUCCCACCCGCCGCACUCUGUCCUCUGCGAUGUCCGCGCCCACGUCAACGUGUUUGAAGCCGGCGGCCUCGCCUCCCUCAGCCAGGCCAUGGUGCAGCCCGUCAAGCCCAGCAACGGGCUCUGGCUGACGCUGGAGGACAUCCAGUCCACUGCCGUUAUCAGCGACGAUAUCCAUUUCGCGCCCACGCGGGUGGUGUCGCUCGAGAACACCAUCAAUGGCGUCAUCAUGCCGCUGGGCGAGAUGCGGCGCAUUGGGGCGUGGGCGCGGGAGCACGGAGUCAAGAUACAUCUUGACGGCGCAAGGCUAUGGAAUGCGUGUGCGGUUGAGGGCGCGCCCGAGCUGUGGGAGUAUGCGGACGAGGUGGACAGUAUAUCGGUGUCGAUGUCGAAGGGGAUGGGGGCACCGACGGGGUCGGUGGUGCUGGGGAGCGAGGAGUUGGUGGCGAAGGCGAGGCAUGUGAGGAAGGCGAUUGGCGGGGGGAUCCGGCAGGCGGGGGUGCUGACGGCGAUGGCGAAUGCGGCGAUUGAUGAAGUUUGGUCUGGGGGGAAGUAUCGAGUGGGAGAUGCGUGGGCGAAGAGGCUGGAGGGGAAGUGGAAGGCGCUGGGCGGGGAGGUCAGCUAUCCGGUGCAGACAAAUAUGGUCUGGGCGGAUCUGAAGGGGAGGGGCGUGACGGAGGAGGUGUGGAGUGCGUGUGCAGAGAGGGAGGGCGUGAAGGUGGGCUCAGGGAGGAUUGUCUGCCAUUUCCAAAAUACCAUUGAGGCAGUUGAGGCAUUGGAGAGGACCAUGGAGGCGGCGUGUAAGAUUGCGGACAAGAAGGAAGAGCUGGAGUAG